AAAUUCUUUAUUAUUAAUUUCUACACUAUCUUAAUGGACCGCCAAGAUCUUCAUGAGAUUUAAAAUGUCACUUAAGUUUACAUUAUUAUCCGAAAGUAGUGUCAAGACAAUUGAGAAAAUUCAAAGAGCUGGUUUUCUUCCUGAUCCUGUACAAGCUGACCAUAUACACAUAUUUAGACCCGAAUGGAAAAAUUUGAAAGAUGAUCGAAUUAUUGCCGAAUGGGAUCAAGUUCCUAAUUAUGAAUAGGAAAAAAAGAGAAGUUAGGAAAAGGAAACUAUUUUGUAUUUACACGAUGGAGGUUAUUAUUUUCUUUGUAAAGAAUCUCAUCGUCCUAUUACAAGCUCUCUUGCUAAAAAAUAGCAAAUGCAAAAGUUUUAGCAAUCAAUUAUCGGCUUACAUCUCAAAAUCAAUUUCCCACCGCAUUACAAGAUGCAUUUAGAUGCUUAUUUAUAUCUCUUGAAGAUAUGAGAUUUGAACCUUUAAAUCC